CAAGAAAAACCAAUACUAGGAAGAAAAACUCAUCCAAAAAAAGAUGAAGUUUUCUUCUCUUCUUGUGUUUUUCUUUAUCUUCCCGAUCGCAUUUGCUCAACUGCGAGUCGGGUUUUAUAGCCAGUCAUGCCCUCAAGCUGAGUCUAUCGUACGCAAUCUAGUGCGCCAGCGGUUUGGUGCUGACCCAACCGUCACCGCCGCUUUGCUCCGUAUGCAUUUCCACGAUUGUUUCGUUAGGGGCUGCGACGCAUCUCUCCUCAUUGACUCAACCACCGCUCGUCCGUCCGAGAAAGCUGCCGGACCAAACGGAAGCGUCAGAGAAUUUGACCUAAUCGACCGCAUCAAGGCUCAGCUAGAGGCUGCAUGCCCCUCCACGGUCUCAUGUGCUGACAUCGUCACAUUAGCCACACGUGACUCGGUGGUGUUAGCCGGAGGUCCCAGCUACAGCAUCCCCACGGGAAGACGCGAUGGUUUGGUCUCGAACAACGCUGACGUGGCCCUACCGGGACCAACCAUCUCCGUCUCAGGAGCGGUCAGUUUCUUCACGGCUAAAGGAAUGAACGUAUUCGAUGCUGUCGCUCUUUUGGGUGCACACACCGUUGGUGUGGGAAAUUGCGGUCUGUUCAGUGACCGUUUCACUAAUUUCCAAGGAACCGGACGACCUGACCCGUCCAUGGACCCUGCUUUGGUUUCCAGGUUAAGAAACACAUGUGCAAACAGCGCGUCAGCGGCACUAGACCAGUCGACCCCAUUGAGGUUCGACAACCAGUUCUUCAAGCAGAUCCGUAAGAAAAGAGGAGUGUUGCAGCUUGACCAAAGGCUCGCAUCAGACCGACAGACUCGUGGUAUUGUGGCUCGAUAUGCGAACAACAAUGCCUUCUUCAAGCGUCAGUUCGUUAGGGCAAUGGUGAAGAUGGGAGCUGUUGAUGUACUUACCGGUCGUGCCGGUGAGAUCAGGAGGAACUGCAGGAGAUUUAAUUAAUGAACUUGAAGUGUUGUUACUUGUAAGUGUGGAGAUCACUAAAAUUGAAACAUGGUUUUCAAAUAUUAUAUUUAUGUUUCUAAUUAAUUUGGUUGUUUGUUGAGUUUUUGUUACUUAAAUAAGGCUUUUCUUGAAUCGGAUAUAUAGUUUCGAUUCUUGAGAAACACAACUAUACGUUGAUCUACAUUUGGAGGAUGCAUCUUAUACGUACGAUUAUUGUUCUAUUGACAUUAUUGAGUAUCUUUGUAAUCAUAUAUAUAUAAACUUUUUCUACAUUUGUUUUGUUUGUUCUCGGGUAAAAUUCUAUAGUGAGUACAUAGACGAAUUUAAUUUUUUUGAUACCUCUUAUAAAAUAAGCAAUAAUUUA